AUGUCCAUAGAUAUCAACUGGGAGGCCGCCACCUCUGGUCCCGAUGGCGAAGAACUCGCUGAACGAAUCCGGUGUUUCAUCCACGACAAAUUUCAGCAGAUAGCGCUUCCGCGAUUCAUCCGCUCAGUGGAAGUGAACUCAUUUGAUUUCGGGACAGUUUCGCCGGAGCUGCAGGUCAGGGAUAUAUGUGAUCCAUUUAACGAUUUUUACGAAGAAGAUGAGGACGGUGGGGAGUUGUCGGACAGCUCCGAUGGUGACGAACCUGUUCCAUCGAGUCUGAGUUUAAGCCAGUCGACGCUGAAGGGCGAUGCGGGCAGUCCUAGCAGCAGCAAUGAGGGUGGCAGUGGGAUUUCAAAUGGCCGUUUGGGGUAUUUCCAGAGACUGCACGGAUCCAGGGAAUAUUCCGGAGAGUUUCCACAGCCAUUGAUGUCGCCUAUCAAUUUGGGGGAGUCGUUUAAUCCGUAUCUCUUCCCUCGAGCGGGAACUCCUGGUAUACCUGGAGGGACGUCUCAUAUCGGGUAUUAUAAUAUGCCACGUGGAGGACUUUCUGGAACCCAGACACCCCUGGCGUCUGUUGCAUCUGUGGCAAGGGGCGGUCCGUUAUCGCUGGCGGAGGGCUGGCCACCUCCUGCUCGGCAAAGGGAGCGUGCUCGUAGCUCGGAUACGGAUGUGGACUCGCCUCAGUCUCGAUCACGGCCGUCUACGUCGAGUACGCGGCAACUUACACCCAUUGAAGGUGGUACGCCUCGGGACCCAGCAGAGAUACCAGAAUCAGAGUCAAUUAUCACGGGUCAUCUGGAUAGUGCGCUUCCUACACGGCGCAUAAGAGAGCGGAAGCCAGACGAUUUCCAGGUUCUUUGUCGGCUGCAGUAUUCUGGCAACAUGAGGCUAUCGAUAACUGCUCAGAUAUUGCUGGACUACCCUAUGCCUAGCUUCGUAGGUUUGCCGCUGAAGCUUAACAUUACUGGAUUUACGUUCGACGGGGUCGCUGUUGUAGCGUACAUCCGGAGGAGGAUACAUGUUUGCUUUCUUUCGCCCGAGGAUGCAGAUACCUUGCUCGGGGCAGACGAUAAGAUGUCUGCUGCUGAGGACUAUCACGACCACCAUGGCCACCAUAGCCACCACUCUGGGAAUGCAAAUACAGCUGGCUCACGGCGUUCUAAUGAAAGUCUACUACGUGAGAUACGGGUGGAAAAGUGA